AUGAAAGCCAUUCUCGUCGUCGCCUUCAUUGUCAGUUGUGCUACAAUUACAGUGAACGCAAGUAUGGUUGGUGGAUUCAAAGAUCAAGACGCUUCUGCGCCAGAGUAUCAUGCUCACGCCUGGAAGGCCGUGAAGGGUAUCAACGAUCAAGCAUCGAACAACGGACCCUACUACUUCGUUCCGAUCAAGGUCAUCAAGGCUCAAACGCAAGUCGUCGCUGGAGUCAACACGAAACUCGAGGUUCUCGUCGGAGAGUCAUCGUGCAAGAAGGGCGAGAUGCAAGUUCACGAGUUGACUGCAUCGAACUGUCAGGCCAAGGACGGAGGCAACCGUGCAAUCUAUCAAGUCUCCGUCUGGGAGAAGCCAUGGGAGAACUUCGAGCAAUUCACCGUCGAGAAGGUUCGUGACGUUUCUGCCGAUGAGCAGAUCUGA